UGCAUUGUUGCAUUGUUGCCUAGGCAGUGCGACUGACUGCGCCGCACUCGCUUUCUCUCAAAGGCAUCUGCGAAUCCACUGUUUUCCUUUCCCGGGCCACUUACAUCCUGUCUGCCAAUCGAGAUACUGAAAAGAAGAUACACUUUGCAGCUGACUCUCUGGUCCUUGGCGGAACAUGGCACACUACCAACAGAGCUACGGCGCACCCGGCGGACCGCAGCCAUAUCAGCAAUAUCCACCAGGAGGAGGCUAUUAUCAACAACCAAUGAAUCACGGAUUUGGACAACAACAAGGCUUUGGCGGGGCCCCGCCUGGUCCGCCGCCGCCACAAGGAGGAGGACCACCGCUGCCUCCAGGAUGGACUUCCCAGUUUGACCCAAGCAGUCAGCGCCCAUACUACAUCAGCCCUACCGGUGCCAGUCAGUGGGAUCCUCCUGCCCCAGGCUUCGGAGGCCCGCCGCCAGGACCCCCGCCGCCAGCACAAGGUGGUUUUGGCCAAUCUCCCUACCCUCAGCAACAACCGGGUGGCUUUCCACAACAGCAGCAAUAUGGUGGUCCAGCAGCCUUGCCUUCACCCGGCUAUGACUUGCGCCAACGAUCGCAUCAGGAUGUGACACGAGCGGCCGAUGACCUCCGUGCAUCGAUGAAAGGUUUUGGAACAAACGAGACGUUACUAAUCAAGGUGAUGGCCUCCCUGGGUCCUUUAGAGAUCGCAGCCGUGAAGCAGGUCUAUCAGCAACGACACAAGCGGGACUUGCUCAAAGAUGUUCACUCCGAGACCUCGGGCUACUUUCGCGAAGGACUGGAAGCCAUGAUUCGCGGUCCUCUGGAACAAGACUGCUGGGUCAUUCACGAGAGUAUCAAAGGUCUCGGCACCAAGGAGAGUGCUCUAAACGACGUCCUCCUUGCACGCUCCAACGCAGACAUGAAUGCCAUCAAACAGCACUACCAGCACAUGUACCGCAAAUCCCUCGAGUCAGACGUCAAGGGUGACCUGAGCAUGAAGACCGAACGCAUGUUCGACAUGGUCAUGUCCGCCCGCAGAGCCGAAGAGUCUGCGCCCGUCAUCCCCCAACAAACAGAACAAGACAUCAAAGACAUGUACAGCGCCACCGAAGGCAAAACCGGCACUGACCAAAUGACCGUCUGCUCCAUUCUCACUUCGCGCAGCAACGGCCAAAUCCGCGCCAUUGUGCAAGCCUACCAAGCCAAAUAUCACCGUUCCCUCCAAUCUGUCAUCAAAGCCGAAUUCUCGGGCCACAUGCAAGAUGCUCUGCUCUUCAUCAUCGGUGCUGCUGCAGAUCCUGCGAAAAACGAUGCGGAUCUCUUGGAAGCGUCCAUGGCGGGCCUGGGAACCAAGGACCAAGCCCUCGUGCGGAGAGUCGUCAUGAUUCAUUGGGAUAAGCAGCGUUUGCAUCAGUGUAAAGCUGCGUAUAAACAUUUUUAUAAGAAGGAUUUGGCGGCGAGGAUUGCGUCGGAGACGAGUGGUGAUUACAAGAAACUCAUGGUGGCAUGUGUGGCCUAAAAUCCACCAAUGGUCUCAACAGAAAACUUCCUUCUUUGAGGCACGCAACCGGCCACUUUUAGCUGACUAUUCUUGUUCCUUGCAGAUUUUUGAGUGAAAGAGGGAUGGGAUGGAACCAUUAUGACCAGGCCGGGGGGAGGGUGGCUUUUAUUAUUUUUUGGAAAGGUGGAAAUGAUACCCGCAAGAGGGCGAUGGAGGGAUAGAGGGAGGUAGGGAAAGCAGAGAGGCAGAGAGAAUAAUGAAUGUUC